UAUGUCACUUUGUAUCUUGACGUGGUAUUUUCGGCUCGCAUUCUACAAGAAAAGCAAUGCCAAACAGAUAAUAAUCAUAUUAUCUCCAACGAAUCCACACCAACUACACACCAUUUUCACACCUUUAUCUUUUCUCCUCCCCUAUUCCCAUUUCCUUUAUGGAUCCUCAUCCUCUCUACUACUUCACCUUCAAACCUUUUCUUUAUCAAUGUAUAUUUCUCUUCAUCGUCAUCACCUUAUGCCACUAUACUGUCUCUGAUGACUCAAAAUUCCAGGCCUGUGAACCAAAAACCUGUGGCAAGAACCUCACAAUAAAGUACCCUUUUUGGAUUUCUGGUGAACAACAAUCUUACUGCGGCUACCCCAACUUUGAAAUCACCUGCAAUGGCCAAAAACCAAUACUCAACAUUUCAUAUGAAGAUUACAUCAUCAAAGAUAUCUUCUAUGAAAACAGUUCACUUCGUCUGGCCAACUCUAUAGCCUUUGAGGAAUCCUGUCCAACUCCACUUUCCAACCUUACUCUUAAUCGAACCCCAUUCAAUUUCAUCUCUGGAAAAAAAGACUUCUUCUUCUGGUACAAUUGCUCCCAGAAUCCGCCUGCUGGUGCUGCGUAUCCUGUUGGUUGUGCAGGUGAUGAGAAUUCACGGAACUUUUCUUUUGCUGGCUUUUACGAGAAAACGUUUAUGAAUUAUUCGUGUGAGUCCCUUGUUAAAGUGCCCCUGAAUGUGGAAAACGGCACCAAUUUGUUGGAGAAUUAUACCGAAAUUUUGAAGAUGGGACUCGUCUUGAAUUGGAUUGCACAUAGUUGCAGCAAUUGUGAGGCAAGUGGUGGGCGAUGUGGGUUCGACAAUAAUGAAUUCGUUUGCUUUUGCAGAGAUAAAACUCAUCAUAAAACAUGCCGUGAUGGCAGUACUCUUAAUUUGCCCUUGAAGAUUGGCAUUGGUUUUGGUUCAGUUUUCCUAGGCAUGGGUUUAAUGGGCAUUGCCUGCCUUUUCUACCUUCGUCGCAAAAAACAGAAAGAUGCUACUUCAUCCUAUGUCUCCCGCAGUGUUUACUCUAAAUCCUCGUCAAUGGCGGAUCCUGAGAAGGGAGAUGACUUCCUUGGAGUUCAGAUUUUCACCUAUAAUGAACUUGAAAAGGCUACCAAUAAUUUUGAUUCUGAUAAACAGCUUGGUGAUGGAGGCUUUGGCACUGUAUAUUAUGGCAAGCUCGAAGAUGGACGUUCUGUUGCAGUCAAGCGUUUGUAUGAAAGCAAUUACAAGAGACUUGAACAAUUCAUGAAUGAAGUUGAGAUCCUAGCUCGGUUGCGCCACCAAAAUCUUGUCUCUCUUUAUGGCUGUACCUCGCGCCACAGCCGUGAACUAUUGCUUGUGUAUGAUUACCUCCCCAAUGGCACCGUUGCUGAUCAUCUACAUGGUCCUCGUGCCAAACCAGGCGCACUGCCUUGGCCAACUAGACUGAAAAUCGCCAAAGAGACUGCAAGUGCAUUGACUUAUCUUCAUGCUUCUGAAAUCAUCCACCGCGAUGUGAAAACCAACAACAUUCUCCUGGACAACAAUUUCUGUGUCAAGGUUGCAGAUUUUGGCCUUUCACGUCUCUUCCCAACCGAUGUCACCCACAUUUCAACAGCUCCACAGGGCACUCCCGGUUAUGUUGAUCCAGAAUAUCACCAAUGCUACCAGCUUACAAACAAGAGUGACGUUUUCAGCUUUGGGGUAGUCCUGAUUGAGCUAAUAUCAUCCAAACCGGCAGUUGACAUCACUAGACGUCGACACGAGAUUAACUUGUCGAAUAUGGCAAUCAACAAGAUCCAAAACAAGGCAUUGCAUGAGCUUGUCGACCCAACUCUUGGGUUUGAUACAGACUAUAAGGUGAGAAAAAUGAUAAAUGCAGUAGCAGAGCUAGCAUUUCAGUGCCUGCAAGGUGAGAAGGACCUGAGGCCAUUUAUGGCAGAUCUCUUGGAGACUUUACGGGGUAUAAUCAGCGAUGGAUACGAUCAACAAAAGGCAGAAGAAAUGGACAUUCCAUCAGAUGAUAUUGGAUUGUUACAGAGUGGAUCACUAGCAGUUUCCCCAGAUUCUGUUACUGUCAGAUGGAGCAGCACAAGAACAACACCUAAUACCAGUAGUUAAUACAUUUUGGCUGGUGUCUUGAAUGAAAUGUAUGUAAAUACUUAGGGUUUAUAAGCAUAAAUUGAGGCAAAAUCACUACCUGGUCAAUGGGCAUUUUCCCCCCACUUUCUAUUAACCAACGGCCUAAUUAACAGAUUGUUUAUAUUCAUUCUCCUCCUCUUGAUUGUACCUCUGUGUUUGGUGAAGUAAAAUUUUUAUUCCUUGUAAGCAGAGUUGAGUUACGCGUAAUAUGAUGUCCCAUUAUCAUCUUAAUCAAAUUAUUCUUUGAGUUGUGGCAUAA